UGUUGUCAGGUUGUCACUUUUGUGCCUUGUAAGAACGUUAAUAUUUUGUUUUGUGAUGAUAUUUUAUCAAUAAUUGUUAUUAAAAUACAUUUGCAUAAGCCCACGGUUUUGUAUGUUGCUAAUACGUACUGCUAAUUUAUUAUAAGCAACCUAUGAUUUUAUUAACUAAGCCAUUUGUGAUCACCAUAUGAGCAAGCGAAGUUUAUCAACGGGGACGAUGGUAGCUACAAAGCAUAAAAACAAAGUAGCACCAUGUUCAACCCCCCCGCCCCAAGCAGAUUCUCCAUCAAGAGACAGUGAUUCAGUGUGUGAUUCUGAAGCAGCCAGCCCCGUCCCUUUCCUCUGCACUCAAGAUGGAGCGGAAGGCGAAACAGAUGUUGUCUGGAACUAUUACACACCAAAAGCUGAACAAACAGCUGUGUCCCGAAUCAAAAACUCCACACCACUCAGUAGAAAGGCAAGAAAAAUAUCAAAAACGAAACUAAUUGACCGGCCAACAGCUAAACGCAAAGUUGUCAGUAAAGUGUCACACAAAAAUACUGCAUUAUUCCAAGAGCUGAUGGAAUUAAACCAGAAUGUGCAUGAAUUAAUUACAAAGAAACGGUCCAGUGAAGUUAUUGAUGAAAAACAAUCCGGAGGUGAAGAAGACAUUUUUAGUGAUUCCUCAGGCCAAUCUCCCAAAAGCUGCUUUAAAUCAUCAAGGUGUCUUAGAAAAAACCUCUUAAGUUCAAAAUUUGCUAAACCUGAUACAGAACUAGCUUUGGAAUCUGACGAUUCAAUGAAUGAGUGCCUUAUUAAAGCCAGUCAGGUUAUUGAGGAAAACAUACUGAAAGUAACACCACCGAAGAAACCUAGAUAUGAACCAAAAUCAAAGAAUAUUAAGUCAAGUAUAAACUUCCAAAUGGAUCAAGAUUCUAUGGAUGCCAUAUUAAAUAGCAUUAAACUGGACUCACCCUUACUAACACGUACAAAAAAGGCUGAAUCACCAUGCCUUAAUAAUGAUUCUUUUGAUAACUUAGUAGGGAAUUUAAAUGACAGUACAUUAGACAGGCUAACACAGGCUCCAAACAGUAAAAGUAAACUAAACAGCUCAAAAAGCACAAGCUGGAUGAUAGAUGAUAUAGUUUUGCAUGAUGACAGCAUGUCUAAGUCAUUUUUCGGGCGGCAUAACACGAUGCCCGAGUCACCGUCAGUAGAUAACAAGCCAUCCACAAGCGGUAUGGUUAUUACGCGGUAUAGCUCUAUGCCACAUGGAAAUACUGAAAAAAGUACAGAUCCCAGUGACUCUCCGAUCAGAUGUACUCAAGAUGAAAUCAAGAGGAAACAUCAACUAGCGCGAGAGAAACUUCUCGCAAAAAGACUUCUACCAUUCACUUCACAGUCCAGUCAAGUUCCACAGCCAACGGAAACUAAGAAAAAACAAUUCCAGCCUAAAUUUGCCAGUACAGUUAACAAGGUUCCUAAUUCUACUAACAAUGUUGGCAAUGCAGUGAACAAGGUCCUUAAUUUUACUAACAAUGUUGCCAACACAGUGAACAAGGUCCCUAAUAUUACUAACAAUGUUGUCAACACAGUGAACAAGGUCCCUAAUAUUACUAACAAUGUUACCAUCACAGUGAACAAGGUCCCUAGUUUUACUAGUAACAUUACUAGUAAAACUGCCACUGCCAGCACAAAUAACAAAAUACCCCCAAAAGAUAAUAGUUCUUUAAAUCAGGCUUCCAGUAUGAAUUUUCAACAAUAUAAUGCUAUGAUUAGUGAUAAGUCUAAAGAUAUAAAAUUGCUUAUUGAAAAGAAAAGGCAAGAGGCUCUGAUGAAAUUAAGACGCCGGCAACCGCAGAAAUAAAUUUACACAUUGCUUGUUUUUAUAUGUUAUAUCAUAGAAAAAUAACUAUAGAAGACAUACACUGAGUCUGUCUGAACUAAUUAUGUAUCAACUUUACAGAACAAAGUGUGGGAUGUCAUUAUAAGCCAGUCUAAUCUUACAAAAAAAAUCUCUCAAAAAACGCAAAGCUCGAUGUUAAGCUGUAUUUUUGAUAUGAUAUUUGGACUCCUUGAAGGAAUGUGAAACUAUGUUUUGCAAGUUUUUUUUUUACUGUUAUGAAAAAAAAUGAGUUUUUUUUUAUAAAAUUCAAAACUAAAUUUUAUUUAAAAAAAAAACUCAUUUUUUAAAUCAGCCACAUUCAUCUUUUAAAUAUACAGCUAAAGCAUCACAUUUUGCGUCACAUCUAUUAUAUAGGUACGUCAUAGUCUCAUAGGAAUUUGACGUUUAUGACGACAGUUUAGUAUGGAUUUUUUUUAGUUCCAUUUUGUUUAAUUCCAAUUUUUAUGUCGCAUGCUACUGGCAUCCUAUGGCUAUGGGGUAACUGCGCCUGUUUGACCAAUACAUGUAUAGAGUCGGACCACGCUAAGUUUUCAUGCCAAGUAAAGUGUUACGUUAAUUACAAUUAUUACCUCUAGAUUUUUCGCUAUACGGAAUGGAAGAUACAUAUUAUGGUCUUAAAUCCUCAAUAGUCAUUAUUUUAGGCAAGGGUUCUCCAAACUUUUUGACACGAGGGCAGGGAACCGCUACAUUUUCACGGACCGGAUUGUAUGAAUAUUGGCAGUUUUCGUUGUUCGGGUUGUUCCUCAUUUCUUGUUUGUUAAUGUUAUUCACUUAUUCCCAGUGGUAACAGAUGAGAAAAAAAUCCCACCUGUUACCAAUAGCAACAAUUUGAUGGUAACAUCUCGAAAUAACCCAAAGGAGCUUGCCUUAAAACGGGUUGAGAACCCCUGGCUGAAGUAUUUCAACAAUUAUGUUAUGUUAUGUGUUAUGUACCAUUGUGAUAAGAAGAGUGACUAAAUUAUAAUUA